AUGACAGGAGUCAAAGGCUAUGCGGGAUGGAGAUGGAUGUUCUUGAUAGAAGCAUUAUUAACUUUACUAGUUGGUGUGCUUGCUUAUGGAGUGAUGCUACCGGCUCCUACCAAAUCCAAGUCAUGGUUUAGAGGCAAAAAUGGCUGGUUUAAUGAAAGAGAAGAAAAAAUUAUAGUCAACCGUAUUCUUAGAGACGAUCCAUCAAAGGGAGAUAUGCACAAUAGACAACCAAUCAAUUGGACAAAUUUUUGGUAUACACUAACUGAUUACGAUAUCUGGCCAAUUUAUAUCAUUGGACUGGUUUUCCAAACCAGUACCAGCUCGGUUAGCACAUACUUAUCUUUGACUUUACGCUCCCUAGGUUUCAGCACGUUUCAGACAACUCUUAUGGGAUUACCGUCUACUGUCGGGAACUUGAUAACCAUGUUGGCGGUUACGUACAGCUCGCAAUAUUUCAAUGAAAGGUGCUUACAUGGUCUCUUCAGUCAGGUCUGGUCGCUCCCUGCAUUGAUUGCACUGGAAAGUUUUGGAAAGAGUACACCCAAAUGGACAAAGUUUGGUGUGACGACUGUGCUCAUUUCACAUCCUUCGACACAUGCCAUUCAAGUAGCAUGGACGUCCAGAAAUUCCAAUUCAGUACGGACCAGGACAGUGUCGUCGGCUCUCUACAACAUUUCAGCCCAACUUUCUGGAAUUAUAUCAAACUAUAUUUACAGAGCCGAUGAUGCUCCCCUAUACAAGAGGGGAAACCGUGCCUUAAUUGGAAUUUGUGCUAUGAAUAUGGCAGUAUAUGCACUGGUGAAAGCUUACUAUAUUGUUCGUAACCGUCAGAGGCGAAAAAUAUGGGACUCUUGGACAUUGGAAGAGAAAAAUGAUUAUCUCACCAACACAACCGACCGUGGUAAUAAGAGGAUUGAUUUCCAGUUCGCCCAUUAG